AUGGGUUCAGGGAAGAUCCCUCCUCAGGACCAAUCUGGUUCAUCUCAAUCCCGCCAUCGCCCCUCAGGUACUCGUCUUGGAGGUGGCCCUGUGGCAGCUCAAUUCCCUUCUUCGCUCGCGUCCAAGAGGGCGUCGCGAGACUCUUUACCAUUUUCAUUCCCCCCGCUCUUCCAGCCCAACACGUCCUCGACAUCUCUUGUUCCUUCGACAGCUGAGGGCAAGCCGAUUCCUCUCGAUGAUAGCACCGCUGCACAUCGUACUUCUGCCCUGCGCGAGCUCAACAGCAAUUACCCUUCCCGCCAUCGCUACGCCAAGUCCACUGGUGCCCAGAGCAGUACAUACUCUCAGCCCGUCAUUGUUAGGACAUACUCGGGAUCUCACAGUCGACCCACCAGUACCAGUCGCAGCAACGGUAUAAGCGGAGGCGGUCUCGGCCCCCGGACUGCCUCGUCCGUAGUGAGCGGCUCCGCAGCUUCUGUACGGCGCAUCAUAGCUCUUCGAACCUCAUUCGGCGGGAGCAAGUCUGCUCAGAAUGGAGGUCUGAGCAUGGCCAGAGGAAUGGCGAAACAGCGUCUGGAAGGCCAGGAUGCCCUGGCCAAGCUCCCACCUGUGGAGGCUUAUAGCUUCAAGAGCAUGAUGGCCAACAUUGAGGCAGAUGAGGGUGACAAUAAUAUCAACGCCGACCUCGAUCGAAUUGCCGAAAUAUGUGCCAGAUCGCGAUACUCACUGAGUAACCAGUACGAGGUUCACGUUGCACCUCACGGAUCCGGCACAUCUUUCAAAAGUCAUGCAUCGUCUUCCAGACGCCAACGCCAGAGUGCUGGUCCGACACUGGAAGCCGUUGUAUCGGAUGAGGAGCGCAGACACAAGAAGCGGCGGAGUACUGGCAGGAGGAGAAGUAUAGCAAUGGGGACAUUGGAGACCAUUAUGUCUUCCAGUCGAUCUUCUGAGGAGGACAAGUCAAAGAAGAAGUCGGCUGCAGAGAUCACCGCCGAGGUGCGAGGCAGAGCCGCACGGAAGUCUUCGGGGAGCACUACGCCGACGUCGUCGGUGAGCGAGGGCGAGGGGCAAUCGAGCAAGGAGCAAAAGGAUCAGCAGCCUCCACUAGUGAGGAGCAAGUCGUCGUCGUUCGCCACGGCCAUGUUGGAAAGCACACGACAGGCGAUGGCCGUCAACAAACCUGCCUCACCUAGAAGCUCAGCGACGGCUUUAGUCAGCGAGCUGGCUUUGCCAAAGACUUCGACGAGCCAUCUCGAAGUUCGGACGGAUGUCGAUGAGACCGUGGCGCAUCGCCAUUGCCACAAAUCAUCGGACGAAAGUACUCGAGCUGGUAUGUCUGAGCCCCAGCACCACGAGACCUCGACCCAGCCCGAUCAGACGAAGUCACCGACGGGACUCUUGGCUGGUUUAACUGGGUGGGUGCCGUGGAGAUUGCCGCCUGUCGUAGGACUCGGCUCGGCGUCUGCACAGGGCGGCGUGUCGAGAAGCCAUGCUGAGGGGAGCUUGCGUGAACUGCUCAAGACAUCGGAGAUCAAAAACAAGGGAAAGGGCGUCGAGGGUCAAUCCUGA